GCUCUUACAAGUCCUCAGAAGAUCAAAACCCAAGGGAAAUAGCAGACUUGCAGCCUUCAGAAAGACACAGCUUUCAACCUGAGCUCGAUAUUGAAAGAAGAGAUGAAAAACGUUACCACCUGAAGUAGGAUGUCUCGUUUAGAAGCGAAAAAGCCAUCAGUGUGUGAAAGUAAACCACUAACAAGCGAGAGAGUCAGGGCCACCCUUUCUGUCUUAAAAGGAAUCGUCACGUCGUGCUACGGCCCUUCGGGUCGGCUGAAGCAGCUGCACAAUGGUGCUGGAGGUCACGUGUGCACAACUUCACAGUCAUCAGCCCUGCUCCAUAGCCUUUCGGUCACCCACCCUGUAUUAAAGAUCCUGACAGCUUCCAUGCAGAAUCAUGUGUCGUGCUUCAGUGACUGUGGCUUGUUCGUGGCCAUUCUUUGCUGCAACCUGAUUGAAAAUGUUCAGGGAAUAGACUUGGCACCCACCACCAUCAUUGAAUUAAAUAAACUGCUUUUGAGCCUCUGUACCGAUUAUCUCAAGUCUGAGGCCUGUGCUUGUCGGAUCCCAGUUGACUUUAGUAGCACCCAGAUCCUCCUCUGUUUGGUGCAGAGCAUAUUAACCAGUAAACCUGCCUGCAUGCUCACCAGAAAGGAAGUAGAUCAUAUCAGCGCUUUGGUUCUGAGAGCCUUUUUGCUUACAAUUCCGGAAAAGGCUGGAGACCACAUAAUUUUAGGAAAGAGUAUAAUUGUACCUUUAAAAGGGCAGAGAGUUAUAGAUUCUACUGUAUUACCUGGAAUGCUCAUUGAAACGUCAGAAGUUCAGUUGAUAAGGAUGUUACCUAUCAAAAAAUCAGGUGCCCUCAAGGUGGCACUCUUUUGUGUGUCUUUAUCCGGAGACUUUUCUGAUACUGGAGAAGGGACUUUGGCAGUCAGUUACGGAGUGUCCCUUGAAAAUGCAGUGCUGGACCAGUUGGUUAACCUAGGAAGGCAGCUGGUGAGGGACCACAUAGAUCUUGUCAUGUGCCAAAAAGUUAUACACCCAUCUUUGAAACAGUUCCUCAGUUCACAUCAAGUUAUUGCCAUAGACAGAAUUGGAGUAACUCUGAUGGAACCGCUGAGUAAGAUGACAGGAGCACAGCCUAUUGGUUCCCUAGGCUCAGUCUCUCCUAGGAGUUACGGAAGUGUAAAAGAUUUGCGAUCUGCAGAAUUUGGCUCCAAACGUUUUUUUCAUCUGAUUCCUAAUGAAGUCACUGUCUCCAGCUUGCUCCUCUGCAACAGAAAUGACACUGCCUGGGAUGAGCUGAAGCUCACGUGUCAAACAGCACUGCACGUCUUGCAGUUAACCAUCAAGGAACCAUUCGUUUUUUUGGGAGGUGGCUGUACUGAAACUCAUUUGGCUGCAUAUGUCAGGCACAAGACUCUUAAUGAGCCAGGAAGCAUUCUCAAACAUGAUGGAUGUACUCAAACGGAACUUCAGCUAAUUGCCGAAGCAUUUUGCAGUGCUCUAGAGUCUCUCGCAGGCUCUUUAGAACAUGACGGAGGUGAAAUCCUCACUGACAGGAAGUACGGACACUUUUGGUCAGUUCAGUCAGAUUCUCCGGCUGUAGUUAACUGGCCAGAUUUGCUUUCAAGAUGUGGUUGCGGAUUACACAGCAGCCAGGAAGAACUCAGCUGGUCUUUCUUAAGAAGCACUCAUCAUCCUUUUGUGCCACAAAACUGCCUUCCCUGUGAAGCUGCUAACUCAGCCAGCGACCUGACUGUGGACUGUUUUACUGCCAAGCUUAGUGGCCUGCAGGUGGCUGUGGAGACAGCCAAUUUAAUUUUGGACCUUGCCUAUGUCAUAGAAGAUACAAACUGAUACAAGAACACAUUUUUAAAACAAACAAACAAAAAUCUAGUCAGGUGUCAAGACAAACAGUGAAUGUAUUUGUUCUCUCCCAGAGGCCUGUUCAGCAUAUUUGGACAGAUGAUUCAUAAAGUUAUAGAUACACUUAUUUAUGGAAAAAGUUAACAAUUCCUGAAUAGAAAUGUCAUAAAGUAAAAAAAAAAAAAAAAACAUUUUUAUUAA